CAGAUUGGCAUCCAGGAUAAGCCCGCUGAUUUGAAAAUAAGAACUACUAAUCUCGUUCUUGUUAAUUUACUUAAGGAUCAGGUCAAAAUGUGUUAUAUGCCAAGACUUCCACGGCAUAGAGAACUCAUCUCUGACUUAGGUCCAUUUCACGCUAGACUUUCAAGUGAAAGUUCAAUUGCGGAAAGGAAUCCUGUAUAUAGGUGCAACGAAGUUCAGGCUGAAGCUGCAACCCAGUUUUUGGAUGUCAUAUGGAGAUACAUGGAGUCGCUUUGUUCAGAUAUGAGGUCACACACGAUCACUAAUGUACAGUCAGAGAGGGUAUCUUUGCUUCUUAAGGAUAGCUUCAUCGAUUCUUUCCCUAGGAGGGACCGACCAUUCAUUAAGCAAUUGGUGGACACACAGCUUUUCAGUGUUCUAUCAGACUCACGUCUAUCAAGCUUCGAGAAUGACUCGUAUUUCUCCGAUGCUUCAAUUUAGCAUCAGUGCGUCACAGGUUGCAAUAGAAGACCUGUUGGUCAUACUUGUUCAGUUGUUCCCCACAAGAAUGUGAUUCUUUUAUGGUGGUUAACAUCUCCAGGAGGAAUCGUCAAUUUAACUACCCAAUGUUCAGAUCGACAAAAUUUUGUGGGCUUUAGGUUACGUGAUACCG